AAAAGGCAUUGAAAUGGAAAACGUAGCAUCGCAUAAUUCAAACGGACGUUGCUGCCACCAUGAAAAAAUCGGUGUCCAGAGGCUCCGAGUCAUCGCCUCAGUUCGAAUCGCCGAACAGCUUUCACUCUCCUAUGAGUCAUAUGCGAUGGGAGGGAGUCGAACCUCCCGAGUCGCCGGAAAAGCAUGCUGACAACUCCAAGGCCAUCGUGGCCGUCGGCAAGUGCACGCAGAAACCUCCGCCGGAGAACCCGCCGUCGGAGGCGGCGAUUGUGUUUAACCGGCCGACAAGGGAGGAGCCGCUGCGGCAGGUGAAUAAGGUGGGCCCGGUAAGCGGCGGAAGUGAGCGGAGAUGGAGGCCGACGCCUCCGGCGGGUUGGAAGACGGAGGAGGUGGUUAGGAAGGCGGCGCUAGGGUUUCGGUUGAGCGAGGUGGUAGUGUGUCUGAUUUCGUUUUCGGUUAUGGCUGCGGAUAAGACACAAGGUUGGAGUGGCGACUCCUUUUAUCGCUAUAAAGAAUACAGGUAUUGUUUAUGUGUGAAUGUUAUCGCAUUUGCAUACUCAGGAUUACAAGCAUGUGAUCUGGCCUAUCAAUUUGUCACUGGGAAACAUAUGAUCAGUCACCACCUUCGCCAUCACUUUGAUUUCUUCAUGGAUCAGGUUCUGGCAUAUCUUCUGAUAUCAGCAUCAUCAUCUGCAGCCACACGGGUUGACGAUUGGGUUUUGAAUUGGGGGAAAGACGAGUUCACAGAGUUGGCCACUGCUUCAGUUGGAAUGGCUUUCCUGGCUUUUAUGGCCUUUGCUAUGAGCUCACUCAUCUCUGGCUACAGCCUCUGUACCCGCAGCUCUAUUUGAACUUCAUACUUCAUAGUUCAUACUAGUUGUCUGUAUAUACGAGUUUUCUUUUGUUUCUCUUCUCCUGUGACGCAAUGCGUUCUAGACAUUGUUGAUGCCUCUGAUUUUUCACUGUACCGACAGAUUUGUGUAUAUUCAGUUUUCAGUAUAUUCCUCUUACGAAUGAGAGAGGGGGUGGAGAAGCAGAAUUUCCUUGUUUGGUUUUCUUUCAAAUACACUUUUUAAUUGUAACUUUCUUCUAUAAAAAUCUUGUUACAAGUCACAGGUUAUGUCC